AAUAGAGGGGACCUGCGACAGUGUGUUUGCCUCUGUAAACGAGAAAAGCCAAAAGUGAAUAAACCCUAAAGGCCUAAACGCAGUCUGCGACAGUGUGUUUGCCUCUGGCCGAAUUACAUCAAAGUUUUCUUCCUCAUCUGGGAAUUGUUUCAAUAAUGAUCACAGAGCUUUUCAAGAGGCGAUUGAGCAUUUUGUAUUCGAGCUGGAGAACCGAUAAAGACCUUUGGGCAGAUUCUAAUAUCUUAGUUAUCUGCACAAGAUCGCAGACCUCCAAUUUGAGAUCGUCCCAAGCGUUUCUAUGGCUAUUCGGUCAAGAUCUCGAUGAUACAGCGGUUGUCUUCACACCGUAUUCGAUUUUCUUUCUCUGCAAGCAGACGAGCUUCUCUUUUAUGCGUACUUUGGUAGGCUGCGCUUCAGCGCUGAUGAAAAUCCCCAUCUCUGUUGAACUUAUGCGGAAAAGCGAUGAAUCGCCUUUCAAACUGGGAAAGAUUGUUCGGAGUGUGAGAGCACGUCUUGUCUCUGGCGAUCUUAAUCGCCCUUUAACUGUUGGAUAUAUUGACAAUGAGAUUCCAAAGUUGGAGUUUUUGGUGAAUGAUUACGCCAAAUAUAGGAUUGUGAAUGUGAGUUCUGGGGUAGCAAAUGUUAUCUCUGAGGGUGUUCAUGGUGCUGGUGAAGUUCAUGGUUCAAUUUUGGCUGAUGAUAUGCAACAUAAGCGAGGGAUCAAAAGGUCUAUAACUGACAGAAUGGAUGCCCUGAAGUUGACAGAUGAUCUAUUGGAAGAAAGUUUGGGAAAGCCAGAGAACCCUAAUCAAAAUGCUCUGUUCCAGCGUUUUGAGAAUAUGGCGUUAGCUUUAGGGCCGAGUGAGACUAGCUGUGAGAAGAGUAUUGAUUUGAAAAUCACAUUAAAUACUUUGGAGAAGUUAGAGAAGGUUGAUAAACCUUCUUCAGUUGUAGAUCAAGUGGGAAACACACAGUCCAAACUGGGGGCGGAGACGGGCAUUGAGUCAUCUACACUUGGAAAGGAGUUCCGGAAGGAGGUUGAUGAUACCGACAGCACUAACGUAAGAGAUCACUUUUCCAGGACGACUGAGGAUCCCGAAAAAUUUAAACUAGGUUGGGAAGUUGGUGCGGUUAUUAAUGAAAAAGAAGCUGAACAGGGGGUGCUUAGAGAGCUUAAGAAGAAGCUGACCUUAUUCUAUUCGAGCUGGAGGAAAUAUAGGAAGGAAUUAUGGGGCGAGUGUGAUGUAUUGGUGAUAAGCACCCCACCAUUUGGGCCAACAAUGGAUACAUCGCACCCUUCAAUAUCCUCUAGCUUCUACCGGUGGUUGCUUGGUCAUGAAUUUCCAAAUACAACAGCUGUGUUUAUGGAUCACACAAUUCAUUUUGUUUGUCCAAGUGAAUAUUUCGCCAGACUUCGUUCUCUUGGAACCACAAUAACAAAUGUCGCGAGAGUUUCUGUUUCAAUCAUACAGAAAUUUAACGCCGAUGCUGAAUUGGAACUGGUGGAUGUGGCCUUAUAUGCUUUGAGAAAACACCAAGUUAGUCAUCAACCAGUUAUUAUUGGGUAUAUUGAUCGUGAAUCUCUGAAGUCAAGGUUCCUUGAUAGUUGUGGCGCAAAACUGGACGAGCAAAGGCUUCAAGCUGUGAAUGUGAUUAGCGCUCUGGUGAAGCUUAUCAAUGAAGAGGACGAGUCAACAUCGCUUCAAAGACAAUGUUCAGAUACGGCCGAAGUUGAAUUAGAACUAGCUGAAAACUAUCAGCAGAUGUGCUUGCUGAACAACAACAAUGCUAUACCUGCAAGUUUGAUCUCAAAUGAGCUGCAAAAUGAUAAGUUCUUGAAAGAGGACUCCAAACGCAUGCUCGUGAUACAAAAGGGUGAAGAGACUAAGUGGGUACUGGAAGAGGUUGAUAACAAGCUGCCAACCCAAUUCGCACAGGUUAACAUUUCAGUUGAAGACAAGUCUGAUGACUUGUUUCCACCCAUUGAAGACAACACGGAAAGUGAGCUUGUGGUUGAUGAGGGCAAAUCAAGUAAUGCUGAACAAGGGGUACGGCCAGAGAAAGAGCAAGAAUAUUGUGGGUCCAAUGAAGAUGCUGACUGGGAGAUUAUUGAGAAGCAGCAUGACGGACAAGAACCAGUUAUUGCCAACAAUAGUAGCUGGACGAGAUGGAUGGGCAAAGCAUUUAGCUCAGUGGCACAAGGUAGAUUGUCCUAAAGCAUCCAGAAUUGAACAUUAUGGGGGGAUUUGUAUCUCAUUGAGAUUUAUAUCUAAACAGAUUCUGGUGAAAAUCUAAACAAGUUUGAGGAUCAAAGGAUUAUGUUUCAUCCAUCUGGUGAAAAUCUAAACAAGUUUGAGGAUCAAAGGAUUUGU